GUUUAAAUCUGUGUGUGUAUGCGCGCGCGCAUGGAAAGAGAGAGAGAGAAAGAUAUCGCCAUGACAACUGGCCUGGCCAGUCUGUGUUCCCUGCAAUCAUAUUAGUUGGAGUCAAUGCUGCGAAAGGUCAUAUGAAGGAGUUGUGGGAAGCACAGCAGGUAUUAGACGCUAAACGACUGGUUUUCUGAUUGCCUCACAUAGUAAGGCAGAGUUUUGUCUGGGAAGUACAAAUCUGAGAAUGGAGUGGAAGGAGAAGUGCUCCAAAUUUCAGAUAUCCACAUUUCUAGAAAGCAGAAAUGACCAUGACUGCCAACAAGAAUGCCAAUGUCAACAGCAGAGCUGGAGGGAGUAAAGUGCCUCAGGACGCUCUGGAUAGGUGUCACUCCGUUUCUCCACCACCUCUUUUGUCCCUGCGAAAAAGCCCAGCCUACCCCCUCAGCGACAGUGAGGACUCUUGCCGCUCUACGCGACUCACCAAGGUCUCCAACUCCAGAUUGCGCCUCAAGGACUGGAGCAGCCGUACAUCUGCGCUGCGAAGCACCUCCACAAGUGCAUCGGACACCGACUCCCCGAGCCACCCUCUUAAAGCCAUCAGUGUGGGUGCUUUGGAUAAAAGAUUGUCUGUGUUCAAGGCUGAGGACCAAAAGGAGAGUCCAAAGGAGGCUCAAGAUGGGGAAGCAAUAGGGAGCCAUUCACUCACCCGGAGCACCCUGUCCUUGGGCACCGCCACCAACUUGAGGAACCUCUCCCUCAGCCGGGCAAGCAUACGCUCCCAGGCGCUGGACAUCAGGCAGAAGAUCACAGAAUGGGAGUGCCGCCGGGAGCUGUCCCCCAGGAUGAGCACAUGUGUGGACAAGAGGGAUGCUGGGGAGAGGUCAGGCAGUGACAGCUGCCCCAGCGUGCUGACCUCUCCCUGCAGUGAGAAGACGUUCGAUUUCAAAGGGCUCAGAAGAAUGAGCCAAACAUUUUCCGAGUGUUCUUACCCAGAAACAGAGGAGGAGGAACUGCUGGACAGAGAUUCUUGUCAUCGGUUUGAAAAGAGAUCAGGCAGGAGCGAGACUCCUGCUGCUGCUUUCCUCAAGGGCCAUGUGAGGAAAGAGUCCUCUGCUGUGCUCAACAGAAUACAGAAGAUCGAACAGGUGCUGAAAGAGCAGCCCGGCAGAGGCCUCCCCCAGUUACCAAGUAGCUGUUACAGUGUUGAUAAAGGGAGGAAAAAAUCUGUGACUCUGAGUACUGUGGAGGGACUGAGUGAAGCCGCAAGUGAUAGCAAAGGAGGGAGUGUUAUUUUGGGGAGUGAACCAGAGACGCCUACUGAGACUGAGAAAACCAGUAAGAUAAAACAGGGGAUUACUGCAAACUCAGCUGGCCCUAAACUGCUCCUCGAAAGCCCAGCUAACAGCGCAGUGAAUCCUGUCCCCAAGCCCAAACGCACCUUUGAAUAUGAAGCAGACAAAAACCAUAAAAGUAAACCAAGCAAUGGCCUACCUCCAUCUCCUACACCUGCUGCUCCUCCUCCCCUCCCAUCCACCCCGGCACCCCCUGUGACCAGAAGGCAGAAGAAAGAGUCGCGCUUUCACAGAAAAUCCCAGAAUAGAAAAUCCUUUGAGUUUGAGGAUGCAUCAAGCCUGCAAUCCGUGUACCCUCCCUCCCCAACUGAAAAUGGGACUGAGAGCCAGCAUAAAUUUGGAUCCAAGAGCACUUUAGAAGAAAAUGCCUAUGAAGACAUUGUAGGCGAGUCACCCAAGGAAAACCCAUAUGAAGAUGUGGAGCUGAAAGGCCGUCAUGCGGGCCGAAAACCUCAUCAGCUCUCCGAGAAUUCCCUAGAUUCUUUGCACAGGAUGUGGACGCCGCAGGACAGGAAAUACACAUCACCUCCCCAGCUGCCUUCGAAGCCCAGCAGCCAGUCUCUGCGCAUCAGCAACUGGUCAGAAAGGAAGAGCCACCGCUUGCCACGGCUGCCCAAGCGGCACAGCCACGAUGACAUGCUUCUGCUGGCUCAGCUUGGCAUUCCCUCCUCCCCUUCCAGCAUCAACGAAGAUAGCCUGAGUACCACAAGUGAGCUGCUGUCUACACGGCGGGCCAGGAGGAUCCCAAAGCUUGUCCAAAGGAUCAAUUCCAUCUACAGUGCAAAAAGAGGGAAAAAACGACUGAAAAAACUUUCUAUGUCCAAUAUUGAGACAGCAUCCCUACGAGAUGACAACAGUGAGAGUGAGAGUGACUCAGAUGACAGGUUUAAAGCUCAUACCCAGCGUCUAGUACACAUCCAGUCAAUGCUGAAGAGGGCUCCAAGUUAUCGAACCCUGGAACUGGAGCUGAUUGAGUGGCAGGAACGGGAGUUAUUUGAGUAUUUUGUGGUAGUGUCGCUGAAAAAGAAGCCCACUAAAAACACUUACCUCCCAGAAGUGACGUACCAGUUUCCCAAGCUUGAAAGACCAACCAAGCAGAUGCGUGAAGCGGAGGAGCGCCUCAAGGCUAUCCCUCAGUUCUGCUUUCCUGAUGCCAAGGACUGGCUCCCUGUCUCUGAAUACAACAGUGAGACCUUCUCUUUCAUGCUGACUGGGGAAGAUGGGAGCCGGCGGUUUGGUUAUUGCAGGAGGCUGUUGCCAAGUGGGAAAGGCCCUCGCCUGCCUGAAGUUUACUGUGUCAUCAGCCGGCUGGGGUGCUUUGACUUAUUUUCCAAGAUCCUGGAUGAGGUUGAAAGGAGAAGGGGAAUAUCUGCUGCCCUGGUUUAUCCAUUUAUGAGGAGUCUGAUGGAAUCUCCUUUUCCUGCACCUGGAAAGACAAUCAAAGUCAAAACCUUUCUGCCUGGAGCUGGAAAUGAGGUCAUUGAGCUGCGGCGGCCCAUGGACUCGCGCCUGGAGCACGUGGACUUUGAAUGCCUUUUCAAGUGCCUCAGCGUUCGUCAGAUCAUCAGGAUCUUUGCUUCUCUCCUGUUGGAGCGGCGUGUCAUUUUUGUAGCAGAUAAGCUCAGCACCCUCUCGAGCUGCUCGCAUGCCGUGGUGGCCCUGCUGUACCCUUUCUCCUGGCAGCACACCUUCAUUCCUGUCCUGCCCUCAUCCAUGAUUGACAUCGUGUGCUGCCCUACCCCCUUCCUGGUGGGUCUGCUCUCCAGCUCUCUGCCCAAACUGAAGGAGCUGCCUGUAGAGGAGGCUUUGAUGGUUAACCUGGGAUCUGAUCGAUUCAUCAGACAGAUGGAUGAUGAAGACACGCUAUUACCUAGAAAACUGCAAGCUGCUCUGGAGCAGGCUCUAGAGAGAAAGAAUGAACUGAUAAAUCAGGAUUCAGAUAGUGAUUCAGAUGAUGAAUGUAACACCCUGAAUGGAUUAGUGUCAGAGGUUUUUAUCCGGUUCUUUGUGGAGACAGUUGGCCAUUAUUCCCUGUUCCUAACCCAGAAUGAAAAAGGAGAGCGUGCCUUCCAAAGGGAAGCUUUCCGUAAAUCUGUGGCCUCCAAGAGUAUCCGCCGCUUCUUGGAAGUUUUCAUGGAAUCCCAAAUGUUUGCUGGCUUCAUCCAGGACAGAGAGCUGAGAAAAUGCAGGGCAAAAGGCCUCUUCGAGCAGAGGGUAGAACAGUACUUGGAAGAGCUUCCAGACACGGAACAAAGCGGAGUAAACAAGUUUCUACGAGGCCUUGGAAACAAAAUGAAGUUCCUGCACAAGAAGAACUAACUCCUUUCUGCUGAAAUGCCAAUCCAAAGACUAUAUUUAUGGCACUGCGUGAGGCACCUGCAGCAUUGCAGAGCUUGGUGCAGGAGGAGAGCAGGGUGAGAUGACUGCAGCCUUACAUGACGACCAAUGCUGUUAGCGUGCCCG